AUGGCCGACUUCCAUCAUCUUGGAGAUCUGUAUUUCCCUAACCAUGGGAAUAACGGAUGGCUGAAGGAGGAGUCUGAAGAAGAGGCCGAAGAAGACCCCGAGGAGGAGUCCGAAGAAGAACUUGAGGUGGAAGUCGAGGGCGGACCUACCGAUCCAGUGGUAGACUUGGAAGAAGAAGAAGCUGAAGAAGACCCUGAGGGAGAGUCAGAGGAAGAACUCGGUGACGAUGACGAUGGAAACGUAAUAGCCGCAAACCCUGAAUCCUUUCACAACACCAAGAGGUUAGCCAAGAAACUAUAUGACCAGAACAACAAAAGAGGGGAAAAAGUAGGGGAAGCUGAAAGCAAGAAGGAGUGUGAUAACAAGAAGGGAAAGAAUAACAAACGGAAGGGACAACAAGGCUCAGAGUCAUCAAAGAAACAACAAAUAGUGACAGUUGAUGCUGCAACCACCCAAGUUCCCUCCACACCACAUGCUCCAACCUCAUCCACCCCAAGUGCCCCUAAGCAGUAUUCCGGGAAUCUCCCAAAGUGCAACAAGUGCAAUCUCCAUCACAAUGGCAAAUGCAGGUAG